CAGAUCCAAACACAAUUGUCUCAAGUGUUCAUACAAAAGCCUUUAAUCAUAUGAUAAACACACAACCAACAAACGGUGUCCACGUUGGUGAUGCAACAUCAAACUUUAAAAUCUACACACUUGAUUGGAAUUGGGAUAAAAUGGAAAUGUUUGUUGGGGAUGAAGGCAAUCCGUUUCAGCAACGCGUUCUCAUCUGGGAGAAGCACAAUGGUGACUGGACACGAUGGCCAUUUGACAGAAAUUUCUUUGUUCUAUUGAAUAUAGCUGUGGGUGGAGCAUGGGGUGGAUCGCAAGGAAUCGAUGAAAACAUAUUUCCAAGACGAAUGGAAAUCGAUUGGGUCUACUUCUAUAAAUGGCAAUAA